UCGGCUCGAUGUGCACGCCACACCCUGUAACGGGAAAGAAUGCACGGCAUGACGGGAAGCAAGUACGCCCGUUCCUUGGGUCUAAUAAAUAAGGAACGACGCGCCUGUACUUCUUAGACCGCCUGGCGCAUGCAAUCGGCUUCAUUCUACCAAACCACGCCCCCUCGUUAAUACCAUUCAUCUUGCUCCCUCUUUCUCUUCUCUCUGUUCCUCUGUUCCUCUCCUGAACUUUCAACACCUCUACACAGACUCACCGGUUAACGUUCAAAAUGCUCUCCAACACUGUCCUCGCGCUCUCUCUUCUUCCUCUCACUCUCGCUCACUUCAACCUCAACUUCCCUCCAUCGCGUGGCUUCAACGAGGAAAAUGAGGGUAACUUCCCCUGCGGAGGUUACGACCAGGUCUCAGAUAAACGCACCGAUUUCCCUGUCAGUGGCGGUCCUAUCCAAUUGGUCCUAGGCCACCCACAGACAAAUGUCGCCGUAUACAUGGCGAUUGGUGACAACCCUGGGAGCGGAUUCAGCGUUGUCCUGAAGCAACAGUUUAUGGUUGAGGGUCUGGGUAACUUCUGCUUGAGCUCUGUUAGCAUUCCGAAAGACCUAAACGUGACUGCUGGCACGAAAGCAUCCAUCCAAGUUGUUACCAAUGCGCACAGCUCUGGCGGCCUGUUCCAGUGCACUGACGUUACUCUUGUCGAGAAGCAGCUUUCACAGUCGGAAUUUCAGGAUAGCUGCAAGAACAACACGGGCGUAAAGGUAGCUCAAGAGAAUAUUUCUGGUAACCCCAACUCAACGGCUACGAGUACGGGUGGCUCGGAUAACGACGACGACAAGCCCACAGCGUCUGGUAGCGGUAGCGGUAGUGUAACGUCGCCCACAGCGGCUAGCGCAGCGACACAUGCCCAGGCCAUUUCAUGGGUGUUGGGUGCUAUAGGUCUUGCUGGAAUUGCUAUGCUUUGAGCAAUGUCUUCGGGUUGAUGGCGUUGAUACCAAAUUGAAAAAGCUGUUUGCAUAGUGUGUUAAUGUAUAUGCAGUCUAACACUGCGUUUUCUUUCCAGGAUUUCUGUUUACCAACGUGCAUAAAUCGGCUGCUUUGCCAAAAAAAAAGAGCUGUCUGGGCGAGUCUGAGCAUGGCUAUCAGCCCGAUAUGAUGAAGCAUCAAUCAGUCCAAAGUUGCCUGCCCGGGACAGACAGUGUUGAGAAAGUUUUCAAUAGAGCGAGCAAAGAAAAAAAGCGAC